UUUAAGUUAAGUUUUAAUGCUUUUUAUUGUCUAUAAUUGAUAAUUGAAUGCUAUUUUGUUCUAGCCUUGAGUUUUAUUAAAAUGGCAGAAAUGUCAUUUUGAAGCAUUAUUUUUCAGUGUUCUACACCUGCCUAUUCAUCUACUUCUAUUUUUGGUUCUUCCUGGUGAAUUAGCUUCCUUUAACUUUAGGUGAGAGUCUCGUUUCUCUAAAAAAUUAGAGGGCUUCCAAAUACUAGGACUCUUUCUACUUCCCCAUUGGGCUAUGCCCACCCCAAUUCAGGUAGUAUUUAAGAUGUAGGCCAAAUUUAACAUAUAGGUGCAGAAAAUAGUAUUGAUUUCCAAUUUAUGUCAAACUUUGAUUGACUUCCUGAAAAGUGAUUACGGUUUAAGAAUUCAAAUCUUUCAGGUAAAAAUUGCCUUUCUUAGCGGAUUUGUCAUUUUGGGAAAUGUUUUGCCCAUGUUCGUUUGAACAGCAUUGAUUUAAUACAUUUUUCAAAGUUCUUUAGCAUUACUAAAAAUGGUUUCCUUUUUGUGUAUAAUGAGGAAAUUAUUAUAUAGCAUGAUAUAUAACAGCAUGUGAUGUACUUAUUAAACCUUUUAUAAACAGGAGUACAAAGUUUUUGUAUUGUUUUCUUUACUCCUUAUAAAGCAUGUGGUAUAUAUUUUUCUACUCUUGUUAAUGAAUCCUGUGUAUCUAUCGUUGUAUCUCUAGAAAUAAUUUUUCACACAGAUGCAUGCAGUACUACUACUUUCCUGUUUACCAUGUGAAGUGUUACACACUAAUAGCAACCACUUGGAACCUUUAGUGUGCCUUUUUCUGAUACUUCUUUUUGAAAAUGAAAUUUUGCAGUUUCAUUCCUUUACCACCAGACUUGUUUAGGUUUAUUCUAAACAAAAUGGGUAAGACUUUUGAAGGCCUUGAAUCUAGUGUUUACCUAAAUGUUCUCUUAUUCAUUCUAAAUUGAAUUCACUUUAUACCUAGGUUAAAGUUUUAUUACUAUGCUAAUGGCUACAUAUAAAAACAGACAAACCUGUUGUCUGGUACCACAGUUGUCAUUGUUAAGAAAUGGACUAAACAAAAACAAAAAAAACAAAAAAAAAAGAAAUGGACUAAUAAAAAUCCCAUUUAUAUUUUUUUAAUCCUAAAAGCAAAUGUUAUCAUUUAUAAACUAAACUAGAACAUAUUUAAUUUUGGUUUCUGUUCUUCAUGGUUAUGUAUUUUAUAGCACUUUCUCAUCCUCAGUAUUACAGUGUAGUAUAGAAUUGUAUAGAUAACUAUUGUAGAUGUUGGAUUAAGCAAUAGAGCUUGAGAGAAGUUCUGUUUUCCUGAAAACUUGGAAGGGUAAGCUGUUUUGUUUAAAUAAUGGAGAGCUAUAUAAUUUGCCUUAAGUUGAGAUUAGUAAAGAAAGAUGUUGAAGAUAUUAAAUAUAGGUUAAAAAUAUGUAUGUGUAUGUGCAUAUACAUACACACACACUCUUAGUAGGAAAUGAAACUGAAUUUUCAGCUUAGUAUUGUGAAAUUUGAGUCAGCUUCUCUUAAAUCCUAUCUAAAGAAGCUAGAGACAUUAAAGUCCAUUUAUUUUGCAAAAUUGAACAGUAAAAUUUAAACAUUUACAAAAACUAUGAAUUUGAUAUAUCAUCCAAAGCAAAAUAUUUAAAUCUGAUUUUUUUGUUGUUGUUUAAAAUGUGACCAAUUCUUAAAUUUUAGUAUGACUCUCAUAUGUGUUUAACAUCAUUUUGUCUGACUAACAUUUCAAGUAACUAUAAUUUUCAUCUUACUGCAUUUUUAAAAUGUUCUUUCGUGUUUGGUAUAUGUUUUUUCCUUUGCUCCUAAAACCACUUUCAGCUAACAAAAGAACAUUUUCCCUACAUUCUUCUUUGUUGCAAUGACUUUUAAUAGGUUAUUGAAUUAACAUUUGUUCUGAGGUGAAAACUGCAAUAGCAGUUUAAACUUAUUUUUACUUACUUUUCUAUAUGUUUUGAUUCUUUCGUGGGUGGGGGUGAGGGUAAAAGGUUUGAGUUCUUUGAAGUUCUCCCCUGCCCCCGACCUCUGGAGAUGAGAAAGUUAUUAUGCUACUUUGCUGCAGGAUUGGCUGAUGUCAUUUUACAGGGACCUUUCAUUUCUGUGAUUUCUCCUUCCCUCCCCACCAGGAAAGAAUGCCAUACUUAAGUCACACUGCCUCCAAGACAUCUGAUGCUUUGACACUCUUCCUUAGCACAACUCUGCUAAACCCAAAUCCCUUUUGUAAACCUUUAUGUUGAUGAUCCACAUGGGGCAGCAGGGAAUUACAGGUGCCACAAAUAAAAAUAGGAGAGGGCAAGGAAUUUGAGACCUGUUAGAGGGGGUGAGCUGAGGUGAACUGAUCCUAGGUGAGCAGAGAGGAAAGGUAUGUCAGUGAUUAUGAAUGUAACUGGGGAAAGGGGGGAGACUAUAGCAGAGGCAUCCCUGUUGGGAAGAAUAAGAAGCAGAAGAAGGGAGAGGGGCACUGUUUUCCAUUUCAGUGUUUCAAGAAGCUAGUUGUUAAAAAUUGCUUUUCUAUUGAGGACCAGUAUUGAAGCAUCCUGAUUCCCUCUAGAGUACUUGUAUCUUUUCUAACGUUAUGGUUACCUGGAUUAUAUAAUUUAAAAAUAAUACAGUGGUGUUUUCUAUAUCUACAUCCUUAUAAUGUUUCUAGGUUGUUUAUUCUCUGUUGAUGCUUAGUAGCAUGAUGAAAAACUGAGCAGUUUGUGCUCUCUGAGUUUGGGGGUUGGGGGUUUGUUUUUGUUUUUUCUUUUGGUGGAAGUACUUAAACCAACUUAAAUAUGAUGACUGAGGAUUAAGUCUGGCAGGCAACUCCUUGUAUUUUGUAUUAGACUUCAAAAUCUUUUCUUCUUCUUCUUCUUCUUUUUUUUUUUUUAAAUCCAGGAGAAUGCUUUAUUGCAACUUUUAGCUGACUAGAUGCUUAACUUAGUAACAAGUUUAGCCCUUGUAACUGGCUAGCUAAAAGCAAAUCGGCUUGUUUCUCAGAUCUUUGGGGGAUAGCAAGAAACAUUUGAGUGAAUGUUGUUGAAGAUUUUCAGUAGUAUAGAAAAUGAUGGCGCUCUUGUGAUAUUUGUAAGUACAAGCAAGGAUUUGGCACAGACAUCCUAUUUCAUGGCUACCAACAGUCUGCAUCUUACAACCUUCUGUCUUCAGUAUAAACCAACAGUGAUAGCAUGUGUAUGCAUUCAUUUGGCUUGCAAAUGGUCCAAUUGGGAGAUUCCCGUGUCAACUGAUGGAAAACAUUGGUGGGAAUAUGUGGAUCCUACAGUUACUCUGGAAUUACUAGAUGAGCUAACACAUGAGUUUCUACAAAUAUUGGAGAAAACGCCUAGUAGGUUGAAGAGGAUUCGAAACUGGAGGGCUAAUCAGGCGGCUAAGAAACCAAAAGUAGAUGGACAAGUAUCAGAAACACCACUUCUUGGUUCAUCUUUGGUCCAGAAUUCCAUUUUAGUAGAUAGUGUUACUGGUGUGCCUACCAACCCAAGUUUUCAGAAACCAUCUACAUCAACAUUCCCUGCACCAGUACCUCUAAAUUCAGGAAAUAUUUCUGUUCAAGACAGCCAUGCAUCUGAUAAUUUGUCAGUGCUAGCAACAGGAAUGCCAAGUACCUCAUAUGGUUUGUCAUCACACCAAGAAUGGCCUCAACAUCAAGAGUCGGCAAGGACAGAACAGAUAUAUUCACAGAAACAGGAGACAUCUUUGUCUGGCAGCCAGUACAGCAUCAACUUCCAGCAGGGACCUUCUGUAUCACUGCAUUCAGGACUACAUCACAGACCUGACAAAAUUUCUGACCAUUCUUCUAUUAAGCAAGAUUAUACUCAUAAAGCAGGAAGCAGUAAACACCAUGGGCCAAGUUCUGCUACUCCUGGAGUAAUUCCUCAGAAAAUGUCUUUAGAUAAAUACAGAGAAAAACGUAAGCUAGAAACCCUUGAUCUGGAUGCAAGGGAUCAUUAUAUAGCUGCCCAGGUAGAACAGCAACACAAACAUGUACAGUCCCAGGCAGCCAGCAGCAGUUCUGUAACCUCUCCCAUUAAAAUGAAAAUUCCCAUUACAAAUGCUGAAAAACCUGAAAAAUAUAUGGCAGAUAAGAAGGAAAAGAGUGGAUCGCUGAAAUUACGUAUUCCAAUACCACCCACUGAUAAAAGUGUCAGUAAAGAAGAACUGAAAAUGAAGAUAAAAGUUUCUUCCUCAGAAAGACACAGCUCUUCUGAUGAAGGCAGUGGGAAGAGCAAGCAUUCCAGCCCGCAUAUUAGCAGGGACCAUAAGGAGAAGCACAAGGAGCAUCCUUCCAACCGCCACCACCCCAGCAGUCACAAGUAUUCCCACUCAUACAGUGGCAGCAGCAGUGGUGGCAGCAAGCACAGUGCUGAUGGGAUACCACCCGCUGUUCUGAGGAGUCCUGUUGGCCUGAGCAGUGAUGGCAUUUCCUCUAGUUCCAGCUCUUCAAGGAAGAAGCUGCAUAUCAAUGAUGCAUCUCACAACCAUCACUCCAAAAUGAGCAAAAGUUCCAAAAGUUCAGGUAGUUCAUCUAGUUCUUCCUCCUCUGUUAAGCAGUAUGUAUCCUCUCACAACUCUGUUUUUAACCAUCCCUUACCCCCUCCUCCCCCUGUCACAUACCAGGUGGGCUACGGACAUCUCAGCACCCUCGUGAAACUGGACAAGAAGCCAGUGGAGACCAACGGUCCUGAUGUCAAUCACGAGUACAGUACAAACAGCCAGCAUAUGGACUACAAAGACACAUUCGACAUGCUGGACUCGCUGUUAAGUGCCCAAGGAAUGAACAUGUAAUCAUUUGUUUAGGUCAAUUUUUCCUUUACUUUUUUAAUUUAAAAAUUGUUAGAAUGGAAAACUUCCUUCUGAUCUAGCAGUGGUAACACCUGCUGUUACUGCCACUGCUUCAAUAUUUGUAAGUGCUGCUUUAUUCUUCAUUCUGAAAAGAAGAGAUUAUAGUAAACAAGUCUUUAUCUCCACAUAUGAUAGUGUUAUAAAUACUGUAAAAGCAUGGAAGGUGCAAAACUCAGUAUUUCUACAAUUGCAGCUAAGGACAUUAGGGUGAAUGGCUGGCUGCUUCUAGGAAUAUAAGAUGCCUCAAGCAUUCGUUUAUUUAUAAUUUGAAUACUGUAGCUAUUUUUUGUUGUUGCUUGGCUUUUGAAUGAGUGUAAAUUGUUUUCUUUUGUGUAUUUAUACUCGUAUGUAUGAUUUGCAUGUUUCAAUGAUAAAGGGAUAAAACAGUAUACUGACAACUGUUUACAAGAAAGUGGAGAAAAAUGUACAUACAUUUUUGUAUGUUUAGAUAUUACCAUAAAUACUCAGGAUUGGAGCUGCUUGUAAGUAUAACAAUAUACAGAAUAACUUUAUUUUAUCUUGUCAGAGUCCAUCACUAAUCUAAAAGAAAGGUGGCACUUUUUCAUGUUAACCUUAAACUCUAGGCCUUACUGGAAGCCACUGAAGGGGGACACUUCACUACCAGAUGGGUAUGCAGUGCCACAGAUGGUCAUUUACACUGUGAGGCACUGAUUCUGCCUUCAGAGGUUCUGACCAGAUUGGCUGCUGAAAUAGCCCCUAACUUUCUGAAGGCUUGAAGAGGAAAAAAUAAAGUUUACAUACUCUUGAUGUGAAGUGCAUUUAAGUGUUUGUUGGCUUGUUGCAGUACUAUAAACACAGAGCUGUUAAUAAUGGUUAUGUAGAUUACUGUGAUUUGAAAACUAAAUUCACAAAAACUUACAAUAGUGAAGAAUUAGUAAGUCUUUUUCUUAAAUAGAGAACUUUAACACUACGUAUUUUAACAGUAAACAGGAAUCGCUUUUCCUUUAGUGUUCAGAAGGACACCAUGUUCUUAAACAUACUCCUCCCCUGAAGCGUGUUUGUGUGUGAUGCCAUAUUUCUUUUUCAGGUAAAUGCAGUCUUCCUUAUAAAAAUGAAAUUAAACUUAUUGCUCUUUCAGUUAUUUUAUAUUCUAACAAUAAAUAAAACAAAAAGAUCACUGACUGUGCAUUCUACCUGUAUUUAUAGCUUAUGGUUGUUAACAGGAAGCUCACUGAGAAAAAAAAAAAGGUAAGCCUCCAGGUAAACAGCUAGUGCAGGUUUUAUAUUUGUUUGCACAUCUCAGUAUAUUCCUGUUGAAGUCAAGUUUGCACAGUCUUCUGACUUCGGAACAAACAAUAGACUUUAACUUGUUUAAAAUUUGUCUUAAAUGCCAGUAACAUGGCUCUGGUUUAUCAGCUAAUCUUCAAUUCUGUGGUAAAUCUUUGGGCUGUUGAGUAUCUUUGAGAUAGGUUGAAUUCAACUUCUGUUGAAUUGAAAACUGUCUUAAUUUUUCCUCUAUGUAUAUGAAUUAUUUUUGUUACAAAGCCACUGACAUGUGCACAAUUGUAAUUUUACUCAAGUAUGUUGCAGUUGUAAAUAUUAGAGAGUUUAAUCUCGUGCUCUACUCUUAUUUAGCAAUUACCUGAUUUGCCAGUAGCUUUAUAAUUUUUUUUUUUAAGAUAAUUGUUCAUUAUUUUGUCAAUGUUAUUUGAACUUAGGAUACUAGGAUCCUCUUUCUAGGGACUUUGCCUAGCUAGCAUGUCCUAACUUUGUUCUUGUCUGGCAUAACUUUAGUAAUCUUUGUCAUUACAUGUAACUUUGUUACUCUGUAUGACAUAUUAUUGUAUCCAUAAACAUGGUAAUUUUGAUACAGUUAUACCUUUACAGUGGUACAUAAUCCAAGGACUAGUAUAGAAUUAAGAUGAGUGCAAGAUGAGGGAGGGAAGGGUUUUGUUCUUGGUAAUUUAGAUGUGAAACCUCUAAGGAGCUAUCAUGUGAAACGGCGUAGGGUGAUUGUGCUACUGUAUAAUUGGGGUGAUAAUACCAGGAAUUUUAAUAAGAUUUUGUAAAGAAUAUCCAGAAAAGUAGUGAACUUAUUUUCAGUAUGACAUAGAAAACAAUGUGAAUAUUUAAGGUCUGUGACUAUACUUCACUAAGAAUUUGCAGAAUUGUUUUGAGAUGUGAGAAUAAAGGUAAUUUUGUUGAAUCUUUAUUGGUGCUAAUGAUGGACAGUUAAAAAGGUAGCUAGUGUAUAUUGUUAUGGGUCAGUACUUAUUAGUACUUCCAAAAUUGAAUUUGAAAUGCUAUGUAUUCACUUUUCACUCUGUAAAUGUAAUUCUUUACAAUGACUUUAUUUAUUAAAGGGCAGCCAGUUGUAAUUUUUACAGGAUUGUGUGAGCUAUUCAAACUCUUCAACCUCUGAACAGGAUAUUAGCUUCCGUAAACCACAAUGGGGAUAAAAUAUGGAAUUUCUUUUAAGUUUCGUUUCCAUUAAAUGAGAACCCUUAUAAUUCAUAUUGCCAUGAAUUUAACCAUCUCAUUUGCAUAAAGUAGUUCAUCAGCCUGGUCCCAAUAGGCUCAACCAAAGAAAAAGACUCCAAUGAAUGGACAUUAUUACUGAGUCUUCUUGUAAGUAGCCAUAAAUAAACCAAAAUAGUAUCAAAUUUAGGUACGAAAUUCCACAUGUGCAAAGUACUGUUAAGGUGAUACAUUUUUGAUGAGAUUUUUAAAAAUAUUUGAACUAUUAAAAAGCAUUAUCUUUAAACAUCCUAUAAAAGAGUGAUUCAUUUUUUAGUUGUGUUUUCCCUAGAUCAAAGAUCAUAGAUUUGUUACCUUUAUGCAGAAGCACAUUACAUAGAAAGGCUUUACUUCUACCUCUUUCAACUAAUUUUUCAAUAUUGAGCUGUGCCCCCUAAAUAUUUGCCUUAGCUAUUUUAAAAUACAAUAUUUUCAGAACCAAAGCAAAGGAGUGGUUUUUUUCACAGAAACAUUCUCAGAGGCUUACUUUACCAAAUAAACUGAUGGCAGCAUCCUUGAGUGGUGAGACCUUGCAUAAUUCCUAGUUCCUUUUUCUCGUUUAACCCUGAGGUUCAUUUCUUGUUGCAGGUAUUUAAAUACUGAAAAGUUGUGUAGUCACCCCAAGGUUUAUCUUUGAAAACAGUUACAAGUGCAUCUUGAUCUUCUCUGUGUAUGCAGAUUUGUUCUUGUUAGAGUUCUUAAGCGUCAAAAGAAAAUUUCUGCCAUGAUACAUGGUUUCAUGCAGAAGGUCGUAAGGGGUGCAUGCACUACUUUGUGCGAACAGAUUAUGAUUAUGUAGGAUACAUUAUUUUUCUGGCCUAUCCUCUUUGAACUAAAGAAAUGACUAGUUUCAGAUAGUUGAAAGGAAAUGACUAUUUCAGAUAACCAAAUUUGAAAUAUGUUUGUUAGUUACCAAAUGUCUUGCCUUAAAACAUUUUAAGCACAUUUUCUGGUUAUAUUUGAGAAUUUAAGUUACUGAUUUUUAUUCCUUAACUAAUCUUAGAAAUAAACCACUGCUUGCA